AUGGAGGAGCCGCCGCUCCCGCAGCUCCCGCAGCUCCCGCAGCCCGCGGCCCCCUCGGGGGACGCGGCGGCCCCGCCGCCCCCACCCCCCGCAGACGGCGAGCCCGCGGCCGGCCCCGAGUGGAACAUCCCGCCCAACGCGCCCGCCUGCAUGGAGCGGCACCUGGAGCGCGUGCGGUACCGCGCAGACGGGGCCCUGCUGCUCGGCGCCUCCGGGCUGAACGGGCGCUGCUGGGCCGGCUCGCUGUGGGUGUUCGCCGACCCCCGGCGCGCCCCCAGCGAGGGGUUCUGCACGGCCGGCGUGCAGACCGAGGCGGGGGUGGCCGACCUGUGCUGGCUGGCGGACAGGGGCAUCCUGGUGGCCUCCGACUCCGGUGCCGUGGAGCUGUGGGAGCUGGAGGAGAACGAGACCCUCAUCGUGAACAAGUUCUGUAAAUACGAGCACGACGACAUCACAACGUCGGUGUCGGUCCUGGCCGGCAGCACCCAGGCUGUCAGUGGGGGCAGGGACUUCUGCGUGAAGGUCUGGGACAUCCCUGAGCAGACAGUGCUGCACUCCUACAGAGCUCACUCGGCGGCAGUGACAUGUGUGGCUUCCUGUCCUGGUAAGGACACUGUGUUCCUGUCCUGUGCUGAGGACAACAGAACUUUACUCUGGGACACCAGAUGCCCUAAACCAGCUACCCGAAUUGUUUGCAGUGCCUGUAAUUACCUCCCUACCUCAAUCAUGUGGCAUCCACAGAAAAGUGACAUCUUCGUUUUGGGUGAUGAAAGUGGAACAGUUGCACUAGUAGACACAAAGAAUCCUGACUCUGCCCUCAGUGCCACCGUGCACACCCGGAGCAUCACGGGGUUUGCAUUCUCUGCACACAGUUCACCCUUACUGGCUUCGAUCAGUGAAGACUGUUCAGUUGCUGUUCUUGACUCAGACCUUUCAGAGGUGUUCAGAAACCGUUCUCAUCGAGACUUUGUAAAAGGCUUGUCCUGGUCUCCUUCAGACGAUGCCUUGCUCACUACAGUUGGAUGGGAUCAUCAGGUUUUACAUCACACUGUCCCCGUACCGACUGGUGAAACUUCUGGAGUCAACUGUGUAAAAGAAUAGUUUUAUAAACUCAUGGUCCGAGUUCCUUCCUGGCAUCACUUUGAUUCUGCUGAAGUCGAAGGUGUGUGUGAAUUGGAGCGGGGAUGGUCUGUUGUGUGGCUAAGAAGGUUCCUGUAGUAAUUUUGAAUUAGGCCUAAGUUAGUUACAAAGCAAGCUUUGCCCUCUCCUCAGGAGUGCUUCUAUAAUAGCCAGGAAAAAAAAAAAAAAAUUGGCUUCAGGUACAGAGGAGACUUGGAGAGAUGGGGAAUUAGGGGUAAUGAAAAAUAAACUUAAGUCAAAAAGACUUGAUUCCUCCCUCAGUUCUCCAAACCACCCAUAGGUGUGAGAGCCUUGCCCUUGAGCAAAGUUCUUUGCUCUGAAUGUUAAUUUUUCCCAGUGGGAUGGGAAGACACGUUCCAAGUCAAAGACUAGAAGGGUUCCAGUGUUGUCCUUAAUGCAGCACUUGGUUUAGAGCAUUGGGCUUCAGUACCAGUGUGGAUCCUGUGGUGAGCACUGGUUGUGCACUGGUAUCAACACCGGUGCUUGGUGUCAGGGGUCUUGUACACUGUAAAAUGAGGCUCCCAGCUGUGGCCCUGUAAUUAAACACCUUUGUCAUGGUGCUGAAAUCCUGGGACCUGUGAUGCUCAGCACGUGCUUGGCCCCAGGGCCAGUUAAAGGGACUGAAAGCCAGAAGUGAGCAGUUGCUGUGCUGUUUUGACACCGUAUUUCAUCUCCUCUGGGCUGAAGGCGACUUAACUCAAAGAUAAGACCUGUGAACAAACGGUUUCUGUAAGGGAAAAACUGGACUAAGGACUUCAGUUGCCAUUUGCUUGCUCCUGUAACAGACUCUGCUUAGUGAUAAACCAGACUCCUCGUGCACUUGUGAUGAGUGACUUCUGUGCCAGCGACUGGGGGGACACAACAUUCCCAGAAUCCCCAAAACAGACUCCACAUAACCCCUAGAGGUGGUUUUUUUGUCAUAUAUCACAUCCAUUUCUAACUAAACUGUUUCCCUGGAACAUAUUUAACUGAGAAAAAAAACCCCUGUCAUUGCUCUGCAUGAAUUGCUGCUGCUCUAGAUAUGGCUUGGUCUGGCCUAGUAUCUCCUAGACAGAAUUAAGCAAGUCCUGACUAAUGAAACAAAAAUACUGUUGAAAUGAAUGUUAACCACUGGUUCUUUAGCAUGAUAGCAACACUUAAAUGUACACUGCUUCCAGUGUUUAUCCCUGCAUACUUAUAGGUUUAGUUGUGCAAAGCCCACACUUAAUUUUUAGGCAGACUAAGCUUUCCCAGGCUCUGGACUUUUCUCAUAGUCUUUGUAAACCUCGCUGCUUUUUUAAUUCCCGUGUCAUGCAGGUGUUUACAGAGCAAACCUCCUGUUCUAGAGCAGUGUAUGACAAGGAAAAUGAUGAUAAAAACUGACACGUUUCCUCAAAAAAUACCCUUGGAACCACAGAGUUCCCUGUCGGGGACCUCUGAUGCUGUACUGAAACAGGUCUUGUGCUGGUUCUGAAAAAGUUGUCUUGGAAGAUGGUUUUUAAAUAAAUCACAGUUUUCAUUUGUAACUGGGUUUCAAGUUUCACUGGGCCAGUUCUGUAGCACUGAAGAGCCAGCUGAGAUCAUUCUCACUGUUGAAGUUGUGGUUUCAGUCCCUGAUAUUAAAACUGUUCUUAAAUAAAUUAUCACUGUAUUCCUGUUUAA